AGUGCAAAUGUAUGCAACCUUCCAGAACCACGUGCUGUUUGUUUAUAAGUUGUUUCUUAGGGUGUAUUAUAUUAUAUCGUGUUAAAGGUCGAUAUUUUAUAUUUUAAUUAAAUUUGAUAAAAUGGUAUCAAUUCAAGACGACGAUGAUGUUUAUUUUCCACGUGGAGGAAACGAUGAGGGGAAGGAAAGAUCUUUGAAACGCAAAGGAACAUUUAUUUUUGACAAACGAGUGCCGAAGAAGAAGUUAAAAGCACAGCCUGGGAAAAGGGAGAGAGAGCGCAUGAAAAAAUCAAAGGUGCAAAAUUAUGCAUCGUUGCCUUCGAUUGGUCAUAAAAAUGUGGAAUUUCUCAAAUAUCCGGUUCCAGAGGGCACAUUGCUAAUGUGCUGUGUAGUAGAGAUUCAUCCAAACUCACUAUCUGUCAAACUUCCAAAUAGGAUUUCUGCUAAAAUUCAUGUGAAGGACAUUUCUCAGCCACUUAACAAUGUACUAAAUGAAAAGAAAAAAAUUAAUCUCCAUAAAAUGUUCACGGUCGGGAAUUGUUACCCCUGUAAGAGAAUUAGUAGUCCAGAUUCUCGUGACAUAUGUGUAACAAUGAAUCCUGCAGCAAUCAAUUCAGAACUCAAUUUUACACAGGUAUUUAAAGGAAUGCUAAUUAUUGGAGCUGUAUCGAGUGAAACUGACCAUGGUUAUACCAUUUUCACUGGCAUACCAGGUGUUAUUGCAUUUCUUAGCAAUGAAAAUGCUAGUGUUUUUAUAGAGCAGAUGAAUAAGAAACGACCAUUAUGCACUGGUCAGUUAGUAUGGUGUAAGGUGGUUAAGUGUAAACUAAGUGAGCAGACAAAUAUAAUUGAAGUUUCUGCACAUCCUGAUGCAGUUGGUGAAGAAGUGACAUCAAGAGUUAUUCCUGAAAUGCUCAUUCCUGGUGCAACAUUUAAUGCCACUGUUGACGAAGUUAAAAAAAAUGCUGUGUAUAUCACGUUGAACAAUUCUUGUCUUGGUGGAUUCAUAUUGCAUAGUCAUUUGCUUUCCCCAAAACUAAGCGAUUAUAAGGCUGGGACUGAUGUGUCAGUGGGAGUGCUUUACAAAUAUCCUUUUAGCGAGUUAACAGCUUUCAGUAUGACUAUCAAACCUCAUUCGGUAUUGAAGAAGGAAAUCAAGGAUGGUACUUUAUUGGAAAGAGCUAAGAUUUUAGAAGUAAAUGCACGAGGAGUGAUGUUACAACUGAACCACAAUGAGAAAAUUUACAGAGGAAUGAUAACACAUCGUAGAUUGUCAAAUAUGACAAGUUUUGAAGAAAAAGUCGAUCGUUUUCCAGUCGGAAACCACAUUUCAGUCAGGGUCUUAGGAUAUGAUUAUAUAGAGCCGAUGUAUUCUUGUUCAAAUGAAGAUGAUAUACUCCAUGAAAAGAUAAUAACGACUGGGAAUAUUAAAGUUGGACAGAUCGUUAAUGUUGUUAUAGUUGAAAAGCAACAUAACGGCUAUGUGGGUACGAUUGGGAAGCUCAGAGCUUUUAUUCCUUCCGAACAUGUAUCUGAUGAUCCUGGAAGCGCUCAUUUCCUUAAAAUUGGCUCAAAGAAAGAAGGAAGGGUGUUGAAAAUUCAAGAUAAUUACAAUACUGCGAUAAUAACGCUUAAUCCGUUGCUACUGUCAGGUCCUGCGUUAAAAUCCUUGAAAAAAGUUUCACAAGGGGAAGCUUAUUACGGUACAAUAACGGGUAAAGAAGAAGAAGAUAUCAAAGUAACAUUUUUCAAAGGAAUCACUGUGAAUAUAAAUAGUACAAAUUUAAUCAAAGACAUUAAACAAUAUACACUCGGCGAAACUGUUAAGUGUUAUGUGUUUGGUUUUAAAAAAGGUUAUCCUGAAUUUUCCUUAUUGAAAUCAGUGGAUCAGUCCAAUCUUUCAAUUGGAAAACAGUACACUUUGAUUAUAACGGAAAUUAAAAAAGAAGGGAUUAUUUGUCUUGGCAAAGAAAAGAAUGAAAUAUUCAAAGCUGAUCUUCCUCUUCAUCAUCUUAGCGAUCAUCCAGAACUUUGGAAUCUUCUUUUAAGCAAAUAUAAGUUGGGUGAUACAGUAAGCGAUGCUUUCUUGUUCAAUUAUCGUAACGGAAGAGCCGUCUUUAGCCUGAGAGAGUCAGUCUGCUAUUUCUUUAAGAAAAAGAAAAACAUUGUAUCCAAAGGGGUGAAGGCACUUGAGACAGACAUGAUUUUGCCUUGUACCAUUAGUAUCAACAAUUCAGUCAUGAAGGUUUCUGUGCCUGUGCCAAUGUUCAAUAAAGAAAUAUAUUUUAAUUUAGAAGAUCAUACGAAUGAUUUGAAUUCGCAAUACACAACUGUGUAUUAUUAUAACAAUCAGCCUGCUUCGCUACAAGUAAAACAGUAUAAUAAGAAUAAUGGUAACAUAGAACUUUAUCGAAACAAGAGCACUUAUCCAGAUGAAAAAUGGGCAGUUAACAAUCUAAAGAGUUUUUUGGGGUCGAUUUCACAAUUUCAACAAUUCCAGCUUGGCGACACUUUAAAUGUCAUUGUUCAAAGUGUUGACAAGAGUUCGAAAGCGACUGUAGGAAUUACGGAAUCUGGGAAGAAAGUCUGUAUCUAUUCAGACAAAAAUCUACAGCCCAAAUCCAAAUUAAAUGUUGUCGUUUUAUUCGAUGAUGUACUGAACAAUGUAAUUCAUACAGUUCCUUCUUCUCAAAUAGAAAAAGACGAGGAAAACAUAGAAACAAGCCAGGAUAAACAUCCAAAAAUCCAGGAAGUACGGAUUAUAUUUGGUAAUUCAUUAUUAAUGAUUGGGUGGAUUAAAACAAUAAACAAAUUUGCUUAUAUACCAAGCAAAGGGGUACUCAACAGUUUGAAAGUAAAUUUCUUUGCCAAGGGCUUUCAGGAAAUUAAAAUCCUAUGCCAUUGGAAAUCAUAUUGUAUUGGAUACCCAUGUAAAAAAGAAAAAUUUACCUCUUUUGUUCCAAAACACAUUACUACUGAAAAUGCAAAGUUGUUACCAUUUAAAAAUACUCCAUUUCUAAAACUUCUUGCCAGCAAAGCUGAAAGUACGUCUAAUGAUGUUGAAGAUUCUACAUUACAGUGUGAUGUUAAAGGAAGUUUGCCCAAACAAGAAAAGGCCAAUUUGUCAAAACGCAAGAAAGCCAGUGUAGAUUGUGGUUUUCUUCAACAAGAAGAAAUGGAAGUAGAUAGUGGAGAAGAAAAUUCUAAAAAGAGACAACAAAAGAGGAAAAGGAAAGAAAAAAAUGUUGACGAGUUUUCAGAAUACUUAAGUCAAGAUGAACAAGAAAUCAAUUUAUUACAAAUGAAAAGGUAUUUGACUGAACCCGAUUUAGCCCAACAAAUCAAACAACAAAAAUGGAAGGUAUUAGAUGAACUAUCUCUAAUGGAUGUCGGCGGCUUUGAUUUCAAUGCGACACCAUCAGAUCUAACAAAAGUUGUUGCUGGGGAUUUAGAAGAAUCUGCUGAUGAGGAAUCUGAAGAAGAAAAGUUGCCAAAAAAGAAAUUAACACCGGCUGAAAGGAAAGCAGCAAUGCUUGAAGCAGAAAAGCUUAUGAGGGAAAAAGAAGAAGAACUGCUCAGAGCAGAUUCAAAUCCACAAUCAGCAGAUCAUUUUGAUAGGAUCUUACUUGGUGAACCUAACAAUUCUAAAAGGUGGAUUCAGUACAUGGCAUUCCAUUUACAGACUGCAGAUUUUGACAAGGCUCGCUCUGUUGCUAAAAGAGCACUGAAAACUAUUAAUAUGAGGGAAGAACAAGAGAAACAAAAUGUCUGGAUUGCAUUGCUCAAUUUAGAUCACACGUACAGUCCACCUGAAGUCUUCCAAGAGACGCUGACUGAAGCAUUGAAAUUUAAUGAUGACUAUGCCAUUAAUUCUAGGGUUUUGGAUAUGUAUGCUGAAUCUGGCAAAACUGUUGAAGUAGAACAGCUUGCCAAUCAGCUAGUAAGGAAAUACAGGGACAGGAUGGAUUGUUGGCUUCAUUGCCAAGGCGCUCUCAUGACAGUUGGACUUUUUGAAAAAGCCAGAGCAUUUCUUCAAAGGUCCCUCUUGUCCCUUCAAAGAAAAGACCAUGUGACCCUCAUUUCAAGGUUUGCACUUUUGGAGAAUAAGCACGGUUUUCCAGAGCAGGCCCAUUCCCUUUUUGAAAACCUUUUGACGUCGUACCCACAACGGGUCGACUUAUGGAAUGUAUAUGUCGAUAUGCUUGUUAAGUCCAAUAGAAUUGACUUAGCAAGAAAUGUACUUGAACGGAUUAAGAGUCAUAAAUUGCCAGUUAGAAAAAUGAAAUCACUCUACAAUAAAUGGGUGAGCUUUGAGGAAACCUAUGGCACGCCGAAAUUGGUGCUGGCGGUAAAAGCAGCUGCUGAACAAUAUGUCAAUAACGUUACAUCAUCUGGCCCUCAAGACAUAAAAGAAGAGAGCAACCAAGAUGGUGUAAAAGAAGAGGAUGAUGAAGAAGAGGCUGAUGUAGAUGAUGGAAAAGAAGAAGGCAAUGAUGACGAUUUUAUUGAUGAUGAUUUAUCCUCGGAUGGUGAAGAUUAGCCUUGAUCCCCUAUAAGCAUAUAAACGUUGUAUAUAAACGAUUAUUUUAUUGUAUACAAAACAUCUAUUGUAUAUUUUUUUAAAAAGAAUUUUAUUGUGAUAAUAAAAUUUUUUUGUUUAAUUGGUCCCAUGUUAUUCUCAGACCAGUAUUCAAUUUUAAGUAAAAAUUAUUGAUUAUU